CGGAGAUAGCUAGCUGUGCCCGGCACCCUAUACCCUGGAGCUCCGGCGGGCGCUCAAGCCAGAGCACCCCUCCUUCCCGCUAGGGUCACGCGGCUGCUAGCGCUGCUGCCGUCACGUUCUCGGCAGCCUGCGCGCGCUCCUCUCGGCCCUCUGGCCCCUUGCUCAGCCACCUCCCCCGCUGCGCGCCCUCUGCCCCAGCCCCAACUUCCCGACAUCCGGCAUGUGGGUGCUGGAACCUAGUGUGGCUCCACUGCCGUUGUUUUCCCCAAGGGAGAAGAGGCUGCAUUUUAUAGGACUCUCUCCUGGCUAGGUGAGGGUACGCUUGUAUGCACAAGUCCUGUUGGUCCGGAGCCACCCACUUAACCAUAGAGGGUCUCAUCUAACGGCUUUUGCCUGCUGACUGGGGCACAGAGCUCCUAUUGGCCUACAGUGGAUAAGAGAGUGAGCUGUGUCGUGGAGUUAAAUCAGGAGGCUGACGCUGACUCCUGGCUUCACCUCAGAUGUGGAGAAGCUCAAGCUAAAUUUAGCUUGAGUUGGGGCAUGUGUGUCCAGAGGCCAGGUUAAGAAGAGAGCUGACUUGGCUCCGGUUCUCUGAGGGAGGUUAAAUAGACCAUGCAUCCUGGAGACGUUGGGAGUUUCCCUUGCCUUGCCCAGGGUCCUCAUUGUGGGGUUUGCCUUGGUCUGAUGCUUUGCGGGCAUCUUCAGCGGUGCUUCUUCCCCCUCCCAUCGCUACCACACACCCAUAGGCUGACUUCUGCUGAGCUGCAGCUUCCCCUUUGCACCCGCUCCAGGAAGUAACCUCCCUUCCCCUCUGAAGCACUCUCCCAGCCUCUAGCCCCUUGCAAGCCACCCACCAGGCUUCUUCCCACCUUCCGCACCCUGGGGCACCUCAGGACUCUUGGGGCUCCCACUCCCCAGGGUCAGGCCAUGAAGGCAGAUGCCGUGAGUGAAGGGGGGGCCAUGGCUGAGGAGCGGCCUCCCCGGUUGGUGGAUUAUUUCGUGGUGGCUGGGCUUGCAGGAGAUGGAGCACCUAUGCCUGAGGAGACCUGGGUUCCUGAACCUACUGGGCCCCGGCGCCCUCCUAGGCCAGCUGAACCUAUUACAGAUGUGGCAGUCAUUGCUAGAGCACUGGGCGAGGAGGUGCCCCAGGGCUACACAUGCAUCCAGACGUCUGCUGGUGGCCACCCCUUGGAGCUCAGUGCUGGGCUCCUGGGUGGAACUCAGCCAGUCAUCUGCUACCGCAGGGGGCGUGACAAGCCCCCCCUCGUUGAGCUGGGGGUGUUAUAUGAAGGGAAGGAACGUCCUAAACCUGGCUUCCGAGUGCUUGACACGACACCAUAUAGUCACUCAGCCAACUUGGCCCCUCCUGGCCCUGGGCAUCCUCGCACCUACCUCAUGUACCGGCGGGCAGCAGAGGGGGCAGGGUUGCAUGCCCUGGGCAUCACUGACCUUUGCCUGGUUCUGCCCAGCAAGGGUGAAGGCACUCCUCACACUUACUGCCGGUUGCCACGCAACCUCAACCCUGGCAUGUGGGGCCCAGCAGUGUACCUGUGCUACAAGGUGGGCCUGGCCAAGGCCAACACGCUGGUGUAUGAGGCAGAGCUGCUGGGCCGCUACCCACAGGAAGACAACGAGGCAUUCCCGCUGCCCGAGUCAGUGCCAGUCUUCUGCCUGCCCAUGGGAGCCACUAUUGAGUGCUGGCCUGCCCAGACCAAGUACCCGGUGCCCGUCUUCUCCACCUUUGUGCUCACAGGGGCUGCCGGUGAUAAGGUGUAUGGUGCCGCCUUGCAGUUCUAUGAAGCGUUCCCAAGGGCCAGGCUGUCAGAAAGGCAGUCACGGGCACUGGGCCUGUUGAGUGCUGUGGAACGGGGCCGGACACUGGGGGGCCGAGCCGUGCGCAGCCGGCGCGCCAUUGCUGUGCUGUCCCGCUGGCCAGCCUUCCCAGCCUUCAGAGCCUUCCUUACCUUCCUUUACCGCUACUCCGUCUCAGGCCCCCACCGUCUGCCCUUGGAAGCGCACAUCUCCCACUUCAUUCACAACGUCCCGUUCCUCCCACAGAGACCACGCAUCCUAGUGCAGAUGUCUCCCUAUGACAACCUGCUCCUCUGUCAGCCUGUCUCCUCACCCCUGCCCCUCAGUGGUGCUAGCUUUCUGCAGCUGCUGCAGAACCUGGGCCCAGAAUUGGCUAUUACAUUGCUGCUGGCUGUGCUCACAGAGCACAAACUGCUGGUCCACUCGCUGCGGCCAGAUCUGCUCACCAGUGUCUGCGAGGCCCUUGUCUCAAUGAUCUUCCCACUGCACUGGCAGUGCCCCUACAUUCCGCUGUGCCCGCUGGUGCUGGCGGAUGUGCUGAGCGCCCCUGUGCCCUUCAUUGUGGGUAUCCACUCCAGUUAUUUCGAUCUGCAUGACCCACCUCCUGAUGUCAUCUGUGUUGAUCUCGAUACCAACACGCUCUUCCAAACGGAGGAGAAGAAGCCCCUCUCUGCUAGGACCCUGCCCCGCAGACCAUACAAGCUUUUGCUGGCCACACUGACAAAUCUGUACCAGCAGCUGGACCAGACUUACACUGGACCAGAAGAGGAGGCCUCCCUGGAAUUCCUGCUGACUGACUACGAGGCAGUGUGUGGCCGCCGGACACGCCUGGAGCGGGAAGUCCAGGGAGCCUUUCUUCGCUUCAUGGCUUGCCUGCUCAAAGGCUACAGGGACUUCCUGCGCCCCCUCACCGAGGCCCCCUCUGAGGGGUCUCGUGAUGUCGACAACCUUUUCUACCUUCAGGGUAAUUUCCUCAAGUCCCGGGAACGCUCGAGCCACAAGCUGUACUCGCAGCUGCUGCACACGCAGAUGUUCUCGCAGUUCAUCGAGGAGUGCUCUUUUGGCUCUGCCCGCCAUGCUGCCCUUGAGUUCUUUGACUCUUGUGUCGAUAAGGUCCACCCAGAGCAGGAGAAGCCCGAGCCAACACCCUUAGUGGAACUGGAGGAGCUCUCAGGAAGUGAGCUCACUGUCUUCAUCACACCCCCAGAGGAUCCCCCAGUACUGGAAGGCAGUGAAUCUGCUCCCCAGUACUGUUAUGAUGGGUUUCCAGAGCUAAGAGCUGAGCUAUUUGAGUCUCCUCAGGAACAACAGGGAGCGCUGCCUGUGCCGGGCCCAUCCCGUAGUGCCCCUAGCAGUCCUGCGCCUCGCCGAACCAAACAGGAGAUGAAGGUCGCACAGCGAAUGGCCCUAAAGUCAGCCGCUGUGCCUGAGCUGUGGGCCCGGUGCCUACUAGCCUGCUAUGGACUGUGGUUCCUGUGCCUGCCUGCCUAUGUGCGGUCGGCGCCCUCCCGGGUGCGAGCCCUGCAUAAAGCCUACCACGUGUUGCGUGAGAUGGAGAGCCGCAAGGUGGUGCUCCCCGAUGAGGUGUGUUACCGAGUGUUGAUGCAGCUCUGCUCACACUAUGGGCAGCCUGUGCUGUCCGUGAAAGUCAUGCUAGACAUGCGGCGGGCAGGCAUUGUGCCCAACACCAUCACCUACGGUUACUACAACAAGGCUGUGCUGGAAAGCAAAUGGCCAUCUGGUACACCGGGUGGACGCCUACGCUGGGCCAAGCUCCGGAAUGUCGUCUUGGGGGCUGCUCAGUUCCGCCAGCCCUUGAAAGACAGACGGCAGCAGCAGCAGCAGCAGCAGCAGCAGCAGCAGGAGAUGGCUGUGCAUCAAGAGUCGGGCAGCUCUCAGACAGAACCCUGUCUGGAGUGCCCCUCCCCAACACGCCCUCUUCAGCGCCAGACUACUUGGGCAGGGCGAAGUCUGCGGGAGCCAUCCUCACCCACCGGGCGCCUGGUCAAGAGUGGCAGCCUAGGCAGUGCUCGAGGGGCACAGCCCACUGUGGAGGCUGGUGUAGCGCACAUGAUAGAGGCCUUGGGGGUCCUCGAACCCCAUGGAUCACCUGUGCCUUGGCAGGAUGGAAGUCUGUCAGACCUGAGUCUGACGGGGGAAGAACUGGCACCUGGAGGAAGCCCCGGGGGCUCUGGAUCAGCCCUCAGUACCCGCUCCACCGAGGCCCUAGAAGGGAUAAGUGGGCGGGGUCCCCAAACAAGUAGCUGUCAGGAGGAGGUGGGCACCCCCAGAAAAGGGCUGGGUGCCCGCCUCCAACAGCUGCUCACCCCUUCCCGCCGCUCCUCUGUCUCCCGCAUACCCCCACCUGAGUUGCCCACCGACCUUGCUCCUGCGGCCCGCCGAAGUCCCAUGGAUAGCCUUCUGUGGCCCCGAGAACGCCCUGGAUCCACUGCUUCUGAGAGUUCCGCCUCUCUGGGCAGUGAGUGGGAUCUUUCAGAGUCUUCUCUUAGCAGCCUGAGCCUUCGCCGUUCCUCGGAGCGCCUCACUGACACCCCUGGACCUUUCCAGCCUCCUUCCCUAGAAAUUCUGCUGUCCAGCUGCUCCUUGUGCCGUGCCUGUGACUCCCUGGUGUAUGAGAAGGAACUCAUGGCUGGCUGGGCACCCGAUGACUCUAACCUCAAUACAACUUGCCCCUUCUGUGCCUCUCCCUUUGUGCCCCUGCUCAGUGUCCAGACCCUUGAUUCCCGACCCAGUGCCCCUAGCCCACAGUCUGCCCUUGCUGGUGCCAGUGGCAGUCAAGACGCUCCUGUCCCUGGGGGUCCCGGCCCUGUGCUCAGUGACCGGAGGCUCUGCCUUGCCCUGGAUGAACCCCAGCAUCUUGCAAUGCUAUGUGGGGGUAAGGGCUGACCAGAGGAACAUGAGGGGAGUGCUUCCCGGAGAGUUGAGAAUGGGGCAUGGGCAUACCUGAGCCCUCUGGUACUGCGGAAGGAACUGGAGUCUCUGGUUGAGAAUGAAGGCAGUGAGGUGUUGGCCUUGCCUGAAUUGCCCGCUGCCCACCCCAUCAUCUUCUGGAACCUCCUGUGGUAUUUCCAACGCCUACGCCUGCCUAGUAUUCUACCGGGCUUGGUGUUGACCUCCUGCGAUGAGCCCCCACCCGGCCAGCCCUCCCAGGGACCAUCUCCUAGGCUAACCCCUGACCCAGCCUCUGUGCACGUGCGUCUGCUGUGGGAUGUCCUGACCCCCGACCCCAACAGCUGUCCACCUCUCUAUGUGCUCUGGAGGGUCCACAGCCAGAUCCCACAGCGAGUUGUAUGGCCAGGCCCAGUGCCCUCAUGUCUUAGCUUGACCUUACUGGAGUCAGUGAUGCGCCAUGUUGGACUUAACGAGGUUCAUAAAGCUGUCGGGCUCCUGCUGGAAACCUAGGGCCCCCCUCCCACUGGCCUGCACCUGCAGAGGGGAAUCUACCGUGAGAUCUUAUUCCACAUGGCUGCGCUGGGCAAGGACACCGUGGACAUAGUGGCCUUCGACAAGAAGUACAAGUCUGCCUUUAACAAGCUGGCCAGCAGCAUGGGCAAGGAGGAGCUGAGGCUUCGGCGGGCACAGAUGCCUACUCCCAAGGCCAUUGACUGUUCGAAAAUGUUUGGAGCACCUUUGGAAUGCUAGGGACCCUUAAACCCACCUCUUCUGCCCUGGGUGGAGAGGUGAGGUAGAAUGGAUUCUAGACAUAGCCUGACUCCUGUUCCUUUCAUGGAAGAAUUUGAAUCAGGCUGUUCAGCCAUAGGCUCCAAGUGGAAAUAGCAGGAAGAGGGACUCACUGAUACCAAAAGUCACAAUUCCCCUAUCUCCAGCCUGCCCAGUUUGUUCAUGCUGAUUGUGAGGAGAGCUGGGGAAGUUGGCACAAGUCCAUUCUUUCUCCAUCCUAUUCCAGGGCCUCCUUCCCAGGGUAUCCUCAGAUCUGCAGUGCCCUGGGAGACUUAGAAGUUUUUGUUUUAAAAAACAACUGGAAAGAUUUCGAGCUCCUGAGCCUUUGCCCCAUGGGAGGAGUCUCAUCCCCACUUCUCCUCUCUGGCAUUGCUAAAGGAGCCCAAGGCAGUCCUAGUGUUUUAUUUUAUUUAUUUAUUCUGAGGCCACAGCUCCUACACUUAUGAGAUUCUCAAGGAGCGUAAGAAAGAGAAGGGAAUUAAGUUUGUAACUCCUUGAGAGCCAUGCACCGGGACCCAGAGGAGUCCCAAGCUUCCCUUGGGAGGAAUUGGUGCCUCUUCUAGUCCCGAUCCUUCUUGUCCACUCCACCUUGGGAAAUGCCUCUCCCGUCCAUGGCCUUGACCUGUGCAAUAAGGAUUGUUCUCUGCAAAGUUUUGUUGGAUGUAAAUAUAGUAAAAGCUGCUUCUGUCUUUUUUC